AUGCUUAGCGUGUUUAGAGAACGGUACCCAGAAUUGUUUCCUGAAAGCUGGAAACUGAAUAACUCAUCAUACAACAUAAAAUACUACACGGAGGAAUGCAAAACAAAAUGCGUUUGCUCUGAAGAGGAACAAGUGCGUAGACGAAGUUUGUGCAGUUCAUUCCACUUUAAUUGGAAGCUUGAUGAUUAUUAUGAUCUUUUUAUCGUCAAAAAUCGAGUGCUCUGUGAACUGUUUGAAGAAAUAUCAUACCUAUCUUCCAGCAACGAUAAAGAAAAAAACAGAUCGCAGCAGUGUGACAAAAUAAAAGAGAUUAUCAUGGUAUGUGGCCCUUAUCCGAAUGAAAUACUUCAGUGUUCUUCGGUGCCAUAUUUAGCCUCUGCCCAAAUAGGAAUUGCAAUACGAAAAUUUGGAGGACUGGACCAUAUCAAAAAUAUAAUUUCGACAGAGAUUAGAAAACGGAAACCGAAAUAUUCACCAACCUUACCAAAGUCAAUGCUAAAUCAGUCUCGUGAGCCAUUUUCUACAUUUAAUAUUGUUUAUUCAGGAUUGAAACGAACGCCAAUUCUUUUCACAAAUUGUUCUGGUUAUGAGGUAGCAAGUCUAUACCAUUAUUUGGACGAUCUGUAUAUGGAAUUGAAAUGGAACGAUAAAUCUGCAGAUUUUCAAACCUUAAGAUAUGCAAUGAGAAAAACGUAUUUACAAGUUGAAAGCCAUCUGGAAAUCCAAAGUUAUAUCGAGGCGGCAAAAAAGAACGUGUAUCAAAUAGUAUCCAACGUCUGUGUUUCUGAAAAUAUGGACAUGAUGAAUAGAGAUAUGUUGCUAAAUAUAUUUGAAUAUAACUCAAUGGAUUUUGUAUGGGGUUCUGGCAUAAUUCCUUGUGGUGACAUCCUCUACACAGACGUAGAAGCUACCUGGAAGAAAACCUCCGAACAAAUUCAUUACCCUAAUUAUGAGGAGGCUUACAUAUACAGCAAACUAUUGGAUUAUGAUAUUGAUGACCCGCCAAAAAAAGAUUCGUAUAUGUCUUUAAAGUCAAAUACUGUGACUUCAGGUUUGCGAAAAAGAAAGGAACAUUCUGUUCAAGAACCUUUUGUACCGAAUGUAUGUAACUGGACCCAUAAUGAUAAAGUUAGCACCUAA